UUUCUAGUUUCCCCUCCCCAUUUGCUUUCUUCCUAUAUAAGUUACACCCUGAACACAAUACAAGUAGUUUGUAGAUACCUGGACUGUGUGUGUCUCUUCCCUAAUCUAAUACUCCUCCAGCUGUGGGUCUAUAGGAGAGUGCCGAGUAUCUGUAUACGGUGUGCGGUGGGGGGAUCUCAGCCAGAUAUCAUCAAACAUAACAGGUUUUCCCGUCAGCCAAGGUUAUUCUGAAGAACCUGAACAGGAAUAUGAAGAAAUCUUUUAAUAGAAGGACCAAUGAUACCAAUUCUGACAAAUCAAGGAAUCUGUCAGAAUCCUAUAAAACUACAAAGGAGAUAGUAAACGGAAAAGCAAAACGUUACCCAUGUUCUGAAUGUGGAAAAUGUUUUGCCAGCAAAACUUGUCUUGUUACACAUCUGAGAAUUCACACAGGAGAGAAACCGUUCUCAUGUUCUGAAUGUGGAAAAUGUUUUAGCCAGUUCACAAAUCUUGUUACACACCAGAGAAUUCACACAGGAGAGAAACCUUUCUCAUGUUCUGAAUGUGGGAAAUGUUUCAUCACUAAACAGUCCCUUGAGACACACGAGAGAACUCACACAGGAGAGAAACCUUUCUCAUGUUCUGAAUGUGGAAAAUGUUUUGGCAGUAAAGCAAGUCUAAUUUCACAUCAGAAAACUCACACAGGAGAGAAAAAUUUCUCUAGUUUAAAAUGUAGGAAAAGUUUUUGCAAUCAGAAAGAUCUUGUUAUACACCAAAGGCCUUACACAGGUGAAAAGCCUUACUCGUGUACUGAAUGUGGGAAAUGUUUUCAUUUUAAACUAGAUCAUAUUAGACAUCAGAGAACUCACAACGAAAAUAAACCUUUUUCAUGUUCUGAAUGUGGAAAAUGUUUUGGCCGUAAAACAGGUCUUACUAGGCAUCAGAAAUAUCACAGAGGAGAGAAGCCAUUCUCAUGUUCUGAAUGUGGAAAAUGUUUUAGUUGGCACACACACCUUCUUAAACAUCAGAGGACUCAUACAGGAGCAAAGUCGUUCUCAUGUUCUGAAUGUGGAAAAUGCUUUGUCUGUAAAUCACUUCUUGUUGCACAUCAGAAAACUCACACAGGAGAGAAAAUGUUCUAAUGUUCAGAAAGUGGAAAAUGUUUUGCCAGUAAACCUAAUCUUGAUGCACACCAGAGAACUAAAACAG